CGGAAGCACUGGGCUGCAGCUGCUCGGGUCCCGGCAGAGCCUCUCUCCGCCGAACCCCACCCCGAGCCCCCCGAGCCCCGGAGCCCCGCCGGCGCCAUGGGGCCGUUGCUGCUGGGCUUCUGCAACUGGAGCACGCUGGGCGUGUGCGCGGCUCUCAAGCUGCCGCAGAUCUCCGCCGUGCUGGCGGCGCGCAGCGCGCGGGGCAUCAGCCUCCCGAGUUUACUGCUGGAGCUGGCGGGAUUCCUGGUGUUUCUUCGGUACCAGUGUUACUACCAGUACCCACUGCUAACCUACCUGGAGUACCCCAUUCUCAUUAUCCAAGACCUGGUUCUUCUGCUCUGUGUCUUCCAUUUCAACGGGAACGUGAAGCGGGCAGCACCUUACAUCAUCCUAUUGGUGGUCUCUUGGUUUGCCCUCACUCUGCAGAAGUGGAUCAUCGAUAUGGCCAUGAAUUUAUGCACUUUCAUCAGUGCUGCAAGUAAGUUUGCCCAGCUCCAGUACCUGUGGAAGACAGGGGACUCGGGGGCUGUGAGUGCUCUGACCUGGAUCCUUGCUUCCUACACCUGUGCGACGAGAAUAAUAACAACUUUAAUGACCACCAAUGAUCUUACAAUCCUUUUGCGUUUUGUGGUCAUGCUGGCUUUAAAUAUAUGGGUAACAAUUACAGUACUGCGCUACCGGAAGACAGUCACAAAGGCUGAAUGAUGGAAACGAUGACUGCAUACCAAGUGGAUUUGGAGUAACUGAGUCAAAGGGGGGGCGGGAAGCUCGUUGCUCAAUCAAGGUCUUUUUAAAUUUAGUCAACUGAUUAAGAAAUUUUAAAGCCAAAGGUAUUUUAAAAUUAAGCCACUUAAACAUUUCUAAGCGUAUUCAUUUCCUAGGGCUAGAGAGAUGACUCAAUGGGCCCACACUUGGCAUGCUGGCCAGGCUGGAUUCUAGGCACUGCAUGGUCCCUUGAGCACGUGAACACACACACACACAAUAGCCCCCCCCCCAAAAAAAAAAUAGAAUAGCCUCCCUUGAGAGUGCGAACACACACACAAACACACAUACACACAAAAUAGCCCUCCCCCCACAUAUAGAAUAGCCUCCCUUGAGCACGCGAACACACACACACACACACACACACAAAAUAGCCCUCCCCCCCACAUAUAGAAUAGCUUCCCUUGAGCACGCGAACACACACACAACCACUCACACACACACACAAAAUAGCCCUCCCCCGCCACCACACACACAUACAAUAGCCUCCCGCUGUCUGUUGAAACCUCCUAUCCCCACCACCAGAGAGGAUGUUCAUUUCCUUCCAGCUUCACUGGGUUAAGGUAGGAAUUCGACAUCUGCAGUUUUGAGAAGAGUGAUGACAAAAAUCAUCCUUUUUUGUUUGGGGGCCACACCUGGUGGUGCUCACUAAUUACUCCUGGUUCUGUGCUCAGGGAUCACUCCUGGUGGUGCUCAGGGAUCACUCCUGGUGGUGCUCAGGGAACCAUUGUGGUGCCAGGGUUGGCCACAUGCAAAGCAAGCACCCUGCUGGCCCCUGUAUUAUUAUUUCUCUGACCCCAAUUAAGUCCAUUUUGAGAUUUCCUUGACUUACACUUUAAAAGUUAUCAGGGAUUGGAGUGAUAGUACAGCAGGUAGAGUGCUUGUCUUGCAUGCAGCCAAACUGGGUUUGCUUCCUGGCAAACACUAUGGCCUCCAAGUAUUGCCAGAAGUGACCUCUGAGCGCAGAGCCAGGAUUAAGUCCUGAGUACCAACCAGGUAUGACCCCGAAGAACAAAAAGUUGUGAUCAGGUUCUUUCCAAUGAAAGAAUCACCUGUUUUCCAGCCUUCACGAUUUUUUAAAAAUUAUGUUUUGGUGGAAUGGGCUUCCAAGCAGUUGUCUAGAGGUCAGGGCCCUAGUCUGUGAUGCCAGAACUAACCAAGCCAUCCCCACAGUGCUCAGGAACCUAUGAGGUCCCAGGGAUCAAACUGGGGUCCACUACACUGUUUCUCCAACGCCAGCUUUCAUAAUCUUUUAAAUAAAUCCUUUGUGUAACAUAAACGAACAAAAUGAUGUGGCAUUGGCUUAUAGCCAGAAGUGUAGUAUAUCACUAAUUCACUUAAUGGGACUGAUGUUCAGUUUGUUUAGAUAGAAAGAACCUUAUUGUAUUAUAUUGUCCUUAGAUUAGCAUGAUUUUCAAAGCUAGUAAAAUGUAACUGGUUUAAGUUCGUAUGCUAAAAGUUAAUUUUGUACUGUGCCUUUAAAUUAUUCCUUAAAAAGUGGAAGACGGUACUGUUAGCCACAAUCUCAACUAUAUGAGGCAAUUCUGGUGAAUUUUAUGAUUCCAAGCACAAUGUUACCAUCUUAAAAAGAAAUAUACCCACAUGAUCACUAUUAUUGGAAUUUGAUACAAUUGAGCUAAUCAUAAAUUUGUUAAAAGUAUAAAAGUAUUACCAAGUUUUUAUGGAUUUUUUAAUACAUUAACCUAUUGUUUUAUUUUCCUGUAAGUUUAUAAACCCUAACACUUAGCUUUUUCCCCUUGUAAUCAGUGGCAUAAUUCUCAUGUAUAGAGUAAUACUGUUUAUUAGAGAAUGUCUUCGUUUCCUAUGUAAAAUAAACGUUCAUAUUUUGAACUGUCUUAAAACAGCCAUCGGUUUUAUUUCUGAUUAGUUUUAAUUUAUGUAAAGUUGAGUUUUAAAAUUAUAAGCUGUGGUUAAUCUUGGAAUUUCUGCUUGGAGCU